AUGGAACCUGGCACCUUUAGUAGUCAAAACAUAAAAUAUGAACCGGCGGAUUUAUGUGUAAGCACCGGCUGUGUAUUUGAUUCUUCUUCGGUUUCGCGCAUACAAGAGGAAUUCGUGCUUUUGGCUGUCCUCAUUGUGAACGAAGAUUCAGCCGUGCCUGGGAAUACCGUCGUCAUCUGCAAAUGGCACACAAAGGUUGUAUUUAUUCCUUUGAUACAUGUCGAUUUUACUAUACCCGCCGGUCUUAUGGUCAGGGGUACGAAUGAACGUGAAAAUAUCUCUACUAUUCGAUCUCGAUUUCGCGAAGAUUCUGAUCUCUCUCACUCGGAAAGUGGGCAUGUUCAGCUUACUUCUCUGAUGAAUAUGCCCACCACAUCAUCCGCCCAAAACGCCAUGUCUUUCAUGUCUGGAAUGAAGAAUUGUUAG